UAGGAAGUUGUACUCCAGUCUAGUAGGUGGCGGUAAUGCAACAUUUAUUGGAUGCCAGCUGCCAUUAAACCUCAUCAAAGAAGAAGAAAAGGUGACCGACGCUGGUGGUCCUCUGUUUACUUUUUAGUGAACUACACCAAAUUUGAUUUCGAGGUGUCUGCAUCUAUCUGUACUUUUCAACAGCCUUUUGCUUCUACACUACACAUCCAUUAACAAUUACUUAUUCGAAGGCCAUUUUCGGUCAAAUAAUGGCAAAUGACGUUGCUUUUCACACUCAGCUAGCCUCCAUCAUGGAGGUUUUAGCUAACGCGGCCGUUGCUGAAAUCUGCGAGCUUGUUGACAAUGGCUAUGCGGUCCUGCAUUUAGAGAUAUCUCAAGGGCAGAAGGAGAAUGAAGCGUUGAGGAGAAAACUACGGAUGAUGGAGCUGAAAGUGUCUCGUGCGAGUACUCCGAGAGCGGGAAUGGGAGGCUCAAUCCUCGCGCACAGUCGUUCUCGAACUCACUUUGGCAUGGAAUCGAGAAGGACAUCAGUCGGCGAGGUACAUUGUCGGAGAGGAGUUGAUUCCCAGUUGGUCACCAGCCUGUUUAGGGACGGAAAGUCCUCAGGUGAUACUGGACAGGCUACCACACAGAGAAAGGCAAAAUUCUGAUCAGCACCUCAACUUGGUCAACCAACCCCCGCACCUGCACUGGAAGCCUCCUGAGGACCUCUGCUGCCUCUCAACGGCUGCUACAGGGGUAUUUGUUGCGAAAGAGAGGCAACUGCACUGAAAGAGAAUCAAUGUUCAGCUCAGGGUACUGAUCUAGAGACUCAUCCAACUCCCCUGUGAGAAGCACUCUUUCCAACUUUUGCAGAAUGUUUAGACUGUCCUGGUCAAAAUGGUGGCCAAACUGAACCUCCACACCAUCCAACACUUAAAACAAUUCUGCCCUAUAGUGAUCCACUGCUUUGCCAGCAAAUCGUCUUGAGUGUGUCUCAAUGGAUUUAAUCAAUGUUGUUGCUUUCUCAUACAGUGCAAGGUAGCUUUCGUCAUUUCCACGCGCUGGAUAUCUGGACAUUGAUUGGAUUUAGCUGGUGUGCUGUUACAGUUACAGUGGUGGCGGUGGGUUUGGCAGUUUUGAUGGGCUGUGAAUUUUACAAAGGCUUUUCUCCAGUUCCUAAAUGCUGCACUAAUGAAGGCAGCAUCCGCUCUUUGACACCUGGUCCUGCCGUGGCUGUGCCACUGUCCCCUAUACUGGUGCAGCUGGGAACAAGGUUGACACCUGGUCCUGCCGUGGCUGUGACACUGUCUCCUAUACUGGUGCUGCUGGCAACAAGGUUGACAUCUGGUCCUGCCGUGGCUGUGACACUGUCUCCUAUACUGGUGCAGCUGGCAACAAGGUUGACACCUGGUCCUGCUGUGGCUGUGACACUGUCCUCUGAAGUCUCUAUCCUUGGCCCUUUCCCUUUCACCACCCUCACUGCCUCAGUCUGUCUCCUAGAAAUGAAAUAAGGUGUUUGCCAUACUCCUAACUACCGCUACCCAAAACUACCCAAAUAAUCACAACAGCAAUACCAUUGCCUUAAACAAAUCUUAGUUCAGUCACCAGUUUAAGUUGAGAGUGGGGGUAUCCAUGGGCAUUUUCCAAUUAUGUCCCUAUUUUACAAGUAAAAAAAAUAAAUAAAUUGAGAACCUUUCAUAAUGUUGCCAAACAGAGACUCAACAAACCUACCUGAGACUCCCUGUCUUUGCCAGUCUGUCCCUGCCCACAUGUCCCCAGCUCUGCUGUCUAUGUGCCCUCUGUUGCCUGAUCUGCCUAAUGACAUCAUGUUUACAGUGAUAUAUUGUGGGGGACAAAUCAUAUUUUUCCCCCCUGGGAUUUCCGCCUAUGGAAAGCCUGUAGCGUUGGAUAUGAGAGACUCCAAAUCACCUACCAUCAAAGAGGAGAGGCGGGAAGAAGCCUGGGACAGUCACGACCAACGAGAGAGACUGAGUACCGGAGCUUUAAAUCCCCGUGUUGGAGGAGAAAGGCAUUCCAACAUCGACACAGGGGCUGCUCAAUCAAUCAGCAAACAGGAGAACGCCAGCUCUUGUAUAUGGGUGAGUGGUGAAACAGACAACAGCCUCUUGCCAGAAUCAAAUGAAAAUAUGAGUGUGAACAAAAGAUCUCAAACCCCAGCAUUGGAAGAUGGUGAUGGAAUACUUGACCAUGCAGGCUUUGAUUGUAUGAUGUUUGAGCCCCCCAGACAACUUGGGACCCUUAGCACCCAGGGUCCUGGGGCUGAUCUUCCUGAGUGCUCUUACUCUCAUGUGGAUGUUGUACCUCUUAAUUCUGAUUCAGAGAAUAGUUUUCCCUUUUCGAUGAACAAGGUGAGUCGCUCCAUAACUGAGCACAAACAACCUGUAGCUUACAGAGACAAUAGACAGAGGGUGCCGUUGCCCUCAGAUGAGCCUCACAUGACUGUGCGAAAAGGCAUGGAGACUGGAUCCAAUGCCUUGGUAAUGACGGAUGGUUGGGUCUCCCAUGACAGUCAUAAUAACGAAGCUGUGAAUUACAACCAAGACGGCACAGCAGGUAACCGGUUCAUUUGUAGUUUCUGUGGUAAGACUUUGGCGUGUCUGAAGAACCUCAAGACACACCUUAGGGUUCACACCGGGGAGAAGCCGUUCAGCUGCAUGCAGUGCGGGAAGCGCUUCUCCGACUCCAGCAACCUCAAGCGACACCAGAGCGUACACACGGGGGAGAGACGCUACGGCUGCAGCCACUGCGGCAAGCGCUUCGCCCAGUCAGGCUCACUCAAAGUGCACCUUAGCAUACAUAAAGGAUGCAAGCAGUUCCGAUGCCCACAGUGUGAAAAGACUUUCAUAUCGGCCAAUCACCUCAAGAGACACAUCAGUGUCCACGAUGGAGAAGAAAGUAUUUUACCAACCACUUUUCAGUGAGUGAAAGCAUACCCAAACGUGUGCCAGCCCAGCUUGAACAAAAAAAUGAAUUGGGGGCUCAACUGAAGGAGUUGAUCAUCCAAAAAGUAUUCCAUACACUUUUGAAUGAGUGUUUUUGUAACUCUUAUCAUUGAAGUUGUUUAUCACUCAUCCUCAGCCCUCAGCCCAGUAAUCUCAUUCGUCACACCGGAUACUACAUACAGUGUGGGGAGAGGUUUGCUGCGAAGCACAUUCUUAGAAUUCACCUAGAGAGAAACUAUUCUGGUGCUCUAGUGCUGGAGAUUGUAUUGUCACUGAGUAUACCACGAACACAGUUAUUUGUGAAUAAUUCUACUUUCACAUUUUGACUGAACACAUUUUGUCUGUAUUGGGCUAUUUGUUAUUUACAGUUUAGGAGUAGUCUUAUAACAAAAGGAAUGGAAUUAAAACAAAAUAUUUUGUAUGUGUAUCUAAUAAUGUGUACCAUUAUUAUUUCAAAAGUGCUGCAAGAAAUAUAUGAACAAUACAAACAGUGAUUGUUACUACUAUUAUUAUUAUUAGUAGUAGUAGUAGUAAUAUAAAACAUACUACCUCUCUUUAGGAAAAACACUCCUCCAAGCCAACCAGUCUAGUAAAAUGAUAUCUCGCAAAGGCCCAUGUAUGACAUUUUGAAAUAUGAAUUAUCUUGCACACAUUAUUUUUGUAAACAUUUCCUCUGAAAAUGUGUUUUUGUGAAAUAAACAAUUGUAAGAAAA